CCGCUUACACUGGCACCCUCACUUUACGUGCAGCGGCCAGGAACCCUGUUUCCCUACCCCAACCCAUACUCCCGCCCUUGAUCAACAUACCAAGGCCAGGCAUACCAGCCAGCCCAGCCUUGGGACGCAUCAGAUGGAAGGUCCAUGGGGAAAACAAGCUCGCUGAAUGCUACAUUUGUGACCACGAGGCUUACAACUCUUGUCACAAUCAGAUCAUCAAGAAAUGGCUGGGAACUGACUUGGUGGGUAUGGGUUUGGAUGCCCCUAAGGUUAAAAAUCGUAUCCAGCACUUCGCUACUCAGUUCCCAAAGGCUUAUGCGCAUGAAGACACGACUGGUUCAGGUGACACCGAGCAUCAAACCCUUAUUGAACAAUGUAUCGAGAUCUGUCCUUGAUAGGCUGAAUUCAAGACAAUCUUUGGAACUCGACCCAAGGUCACGCCUCUCAGUGGCAUCACUUCGACAGGGUUUACAGUGAUUCCCAACUCCCAGGGCGGUACCGGUACUGGCGCAGAAAAUAACAAGACGGUGCCUCGGGUGAAAGCUCCAAGGAUAAUUCAGGCAGCCAGAAUGGUUCCCAACCAGUCAAUAUCACUCGGAAAC